AUGCUAUUAUCACACGAUUUUCGUGAUCAUUUAUCAAAUAUACAACAACAAUUUAACAACUGGACACAAUAUGAACAGUUAUAUUUUAUUAUAGAAUUAACAAAUUCGUUAAAAGAUUUAUCACACAAAUAUUUUUUACAUCAAUUUGUAUCCAGUGUAGUUAAACAAGCAACAACAGCUAUGUUUACAGUGACUGUACAUCAGGCCAAUUCAGCACCUAUUUUACGUGUAUUAUUAGAUGAACCACUCGAUAAAAUACUCGUAUCACUUCAACUUUAUUUACCAUUAUUGAAUUUUAAUAACGAUAAUGAUGAAUUAGUUAAUGCCUAUCAACAAGUGUUUGAUCAUGUUAAUGACUCACUAUCUAAGAAAGAAUUGAUUUCUUCAAAUGCAUGGUCACCAAAUUCAUCAUUAUCAUCAAAAAAUAAUAACAAUCAACUACUUAUAAAUGAAAAUCUUGUUUCCAUCUGCCGACAAUUAUUAUUUUUUAUCAAAAUACAUCCACUAUUUCAAAAACAUCCUGCUUCCGUCAAAGAUUUCAGAACAGUUUUAACGACUUAUUCAGAAACAAACGAUGAUACUAAUGAUAGUAAAUCAUUUAACGAAGAGACUUCAAUAAAUAAUUCGAGCAUCGACUUGUCAAUAACCCCUGCAAAUGAGCAACGGCGGCAUCUGCCAUUGCACCGCUAUCCAUCUAUCAGACCUAUUCAAUCACAACGAUCACCAUUAUCUCUAACAGAUAGUGGUGUCGAUUUGACUGAAAUACCAACGACACCACAAAACAGUAUUAAUCUUGUUAUAGACAAUAGUAACAACAAUAGCAGUCUAAAUGGAAAGUCCGAUGCACUGUCUAUAUUAGCUCAUGCAACUGUUGGCAGAUCUCGUUCAGCAAAUUCAACAGAUGAAAAUUAUAAUCAUCCAUUCGUAAUGAAAACAACAUCUUCACCAACUCCAGAACCAUCAAAUAAUGUCAAUGAACAGCAAAAACCAAGAAAAACACCGUCACCACGUUUUACUGAUGAAACAACGGCAACAAAUGUCUUAGUAGAGAAGAUUGAAGCGCGAACAAAUAUUCGUCCACACGUGCCAUUGAAACCGGCAAUGAGUGCACCACAUGCAACGGCUUCACAUUGCUAUUAUUCUGACCCAUCAGCUAGCGAGAAUAAGAUUCAACGACAUACAAUAAUUAGUGAUGAAGAAGAAGAAGAAGAAGAUGAAUCAGCAUCAUUAAAUUCAUCAUCUGUGUUAAAUACAUAUCAGUCAAAUACGUUGAAUGAUGGCAAUCAUCGUCAAAGUAUUGGAUUUGAUACAAACAUCGGUGAAUAUUCGUAUUCACAUUCAUUUAACAAUAAUAAUCACCUUACAAAUUUUUUAUCGGAUAAAAUUAAUAAUAAAAAGAAUGUUACAAAUUCUAAAAUCGGACUUCAACGAUUUCGAUCGUUAAGAAAUCGUGCACGGUAUGAUGAUCGGGUAUCACAAUAUUUAGGUGUCGAUGCAACAAAUUUGGCACGAAAUACAUUUAUACAGCCUAAUACAGGCAUGAGAGAUGUGCCAAAGUGGUUGAAACUUCUUCGUUUACAUAAAUAUGCUCUGUUCUUCUCACAACUAUCUUACGAUGAUAUGAUGAAUUUAACACUGAAACAAUUGAAAGAUCAACAAAUAACAGAUGGAGCAUGCUCAAAAAUUUUACUUCAUGUUAAAAAGCUAAAAGAACGUAAGAUUUAUUUACGACAAAUGUUGAUUGAUAUCGACAAUGGUGCAUGUGAUCCAAAAGUAGUUUUACAACAACUCGACGACAUAUUACACACACCAAUACGUGGUAGUUUGAAUUCAACAGCGAAUAAUUUGACUGAUGGUGGCAAUAAUAAUAAUAGAAACAAUAACAAAGAAAACGAGAACGGUGAAACACAAGAAAAAGAUCACAAUAACAAUAAUUGUGGCAAAAAUAAUAACGACGAACUCGAGGAUGGAAUGGAAGAUUUACCAAGUGCAAUAAUACAAGUGCUCGAAAAAGUCUAUUAUAUGAUUUAUCCAUCUAAUUCAGUGUCUACACCGAUUAAUAAUUUCACUCCUAAUAUCAAUAGCAUGAUGGCAUCAAAAAUUCAAAAUGCGAAUAAUGUAGCUGAUAUGUGCAAUACUAUGGUCGGAUUAUUUGAUUGUUGUUGCAAACACGAGGCAUUUUCUGAGCAACAACGUGUUUUAUUAUUACAGUGGCGUGGUACAUUGUGUCAAAUAUUACAAAAUAUGGGCAAAGUAUCGUUUCAAUUUAUGCAGCCGUCUUAUAUUCAUCAACGUCGUUUAAAACAACAAACAUCCGUUCCAAUUAAUAAACCUCAUACACCACUUCGAAGUACUCAAAGUACAGCAGCCUCAAGUUCUGUAAGAAAUAAUUUACCUCUGGCAAGUCCAUUGACAUUGUGUUAUUCUAAUAUUUAUCCAAAUGAGUAUUAUGGAAAUGAUAUCAACAUUAACAAUAGCAACGGAGGACCUGUUUCAUUAACUCGUUCAUGGAAUUCAGAACCAUUGGGAUCACAACAGAAUACCGAUCAAAAUAAUUUGACAAUUCGUCGUCCAUCUCCCACGGCGCUGGCCGCUUCACAACAAACAUCUCAGUCUCUUUUCUCUCCAACGAAUUAUUACAAUAAUAAUAACAAUACCUUUGAGGAACCUAUGUUACCACAAAACAUUUCUGAGGAUUCUCUGCUCUUAUCGCCAAAUACCAUUGUUAAACCCCCAAAACCAUUAGAAAAAUGUCUGACACUUCCACCGGCAUUACAUCAACAACAAUAUUAUACAACAAAUGAAAACAAUAACCACGAUUUAUUUUCUUCACCUGAACAGUACAACAGUAGCAGAAAAGUUCGACCCUAUUUCAAUUAUCCAUCAUCACAAAAUUAUUUACAACAAAAUCAACAUCAACCGCUAACACGAAAGACUAGCAUUGGACCUUUGUACUCAAAUAACAAUGAAAAUAACGAAUGUGGUCGCAGUAAAUUAUGUAAAACCUUUAGUGAUCCAAAUAAAUUGCGUUUUAAUAAUAUGUCAGCAUUCAUGCAGCAGCAGCAGCAGCAGCAACAACAACAACAACAACAACAACAACAGCAGCAGUUUAAUUUACAAAUGAUGACUUUAACAUCAUCACCGACAAAUUUGAAUUCAUACAGUAAUACCAAUCAAUUUAUGACAAGACAACGAACACCUGCAUCUGAACACCAACAGAGCAAUCAACAACAAAUGUUAUCCAUGAAACGACAAUCGGACAACAAUUCAUUUUUUAUUAAUAAUCCGAACAAUGAGGAUGGGGAUAAUAUUUAUCAUCAGCAACAGCAACAGCCCCUAAUGUUACGAGGCUUAUCACAAACAGUAAUUUCAGCAGCAAACAGUGGACCUAGCAGCAAUAAUACGAAUAAUGAAAACACACUUGAUGAGUUAUGUUGUAGUAUUACUAAAAGUGUUAUUGGUGAUGAUGUAUCGGAACAGUCGAUGAUGAAAAGUGGUGAUCCACCUUUAAAUGAAAGAGCAGCAACAUCAAAAAUGGAUGGAUCCGAAACUCUAAUGAAUUAG